GUUGCUGACAGGCUGGAUGACAAGGACUCUGUGGAUAUUCAUGACAACCCAGCGCUCCCUGAAAACGUGGUGAAAGAGGACAACACGGUGUAUUUCAUCUAUGAUGAGGAGGUAGAGGAAGAAAAGGAGGAGCCUCCCCCUCCAGAACCAGUCAGACCCGUCAACGACAAGCCUCACAAGUUCAAGGACCACUACUGCAAGAAGCCCAAGUUUUGUGACGUCUGUGCACGCAUGAUUGUUUUGAACAACAAGUUUGCAUUGAGAUGUAAGAACUGCAAAACCAGCAUCCACCACCAGUGCCAGUCCGACGUGGAGUUCCAGAGGUGUUUUGGCAAAAUUCCUCCAGGCUUCAGAAGAGCCUACAGUUCUCCUCUCUACAGCAGUCAGCAGAAUGCUACAUCAAACCGCACCGACCCCGUGUUUGAGACGCUGCGAGUCGGUGUGAUUAUGGCCAACAAGGAGCGCAAGAAAGGCUCAGAGGACAAGAAGAGCAUGAUGAUGAUGAUGGAGGAAGAUGAGUCCCAGCCCAAGCAGCAGGAUGAAGGAGCAAACACAGAAGGAGACAAAAGGGGAGACAAAGCUCCUGCCGAUCACAAGAGUAAAAAGCCUCAGCCUGGGAAGAUCGGCGUGUUCAGUCAGUCUCACUACUACCUGGCUCUGUAUCGCUUCAAGGCCAUAGAAAAGGAUGAUUUGGACGUUCAUGCUGGUGAUCGCAUCGCGGUGAUAGAUGACUCCAACGAGGAGUGGUGGAGGGGGAAGAUUGGAGGGAGAACAGGCUUCAUCCCUGCCAACUACAUCAUCCGAGUGCGAGCGGGAGAGAACGUCUACAAGGUGACUCGCUCCUUCGUUGGCAACAGAGAGAUGGGCCAAAUCACUCUGAAGAAAGACCAGAUUGUGGUGAAGAAGGGCGAGGAGGUGAACGGCUACCUGAAGGUCAGUACAGGACGAAAGCUCGGCUUCUUUCCCUCCAACCUGCUGCAGGAGAUUUAAAGACAAGCAGCAGGUGUUUCAGAAACAUCUGGCCAGGCCCCAUGUCACUUUUAUCAUCAGCUGUGACAUUUUUUCUGAUAAAACGUUUCUGAACAAGACUGUGCACAGGCUACUUUCACAAACUGAUUUAUAACCACACCUUAAAAAAUAUCUCAUGUUGUCUGAGGAGAUUACUGUAGAGUUAGUUUUACUACUGUUAGGUUUCCUCUCACAGAUUAUUCUAACUGCACGUGCUGAACUGCUUUAUCACGUUCUUGUGAGUAAAAUUACGUUCAGAAGAAUUGUGUCACCCUGAAAACUUGACCUGGAGAACUGUAAAGGAUCUUUGUGUAUUUUGCUGUUUUGUACCGAGCACUUCCAUUAGAAACAUGAUGACACC